CUGCCGGCACGCAAGCUGCGGAUAGUCUCUGGUGACGAAAAGCAGUACUUCACUCUCGGGGAUGGUACAAGUCUACGGGUAAACAAGAGGAUAGACCGAGAGGGCAUCUGCGGGGCCGUGUCGCCCUGUGUCCUCAGUUUGGAGGCAGUCGUGGAAAACCCUUUCAAUAUAUUUCAUGUAAGCGUUACCAUCCAGGAUAUCAACGACAACGCGCCGCAGUUUGACAGAGAGUUUGUUGCCCUAGAAAUGAUCGAAUCCACGCCUCCUGGGGCCAGGUUCCCACUGGGCAGUGGCAGGGACCCCGACAUUGGGGCAAACUCAUUACAAAACUACCAACUUAACCCCAACCCCUUCUUCUCCCUCGUAGUGAGGGAGGGUCCUGAUGGGACGAAGCAGCCGGAAUUAGUGCUGGAGAAAAACUUAGAUCGAGAAAAACAGAGAAAUCACCAUUUGAUUCUGACGGCAGUGGAUGGCGGGGAUCCAGUCCGAUCCGGGACCUCUCAGGUUAAGAUUAACGUGACGGACGCAAAUGACAACCCUCCGGUAUUCACCAAAGAGAUAUACAAGGUUCAACUGUUGGAAAACCUGCCAAAUGGCUCCUUAGCAUUUCAGGUGAAAGCUACUGACGUCGACGAAGGUAUAAAUGCAGAAAUUACCUACUCUUUCAGUGACAUCGCAAAGACUGCUCGCCAGCUUUUCACCCUGGACUCCAGGACAGGGGACGUGAAGGUUACAGGUCCAUUAGAUUAUGAAGAAGGGAAAUAUUACGAAAUGACUGUUGAAGGCAAAGACGGGGGCGGGCUGAGUGCUCACGCCAAAGUGCACAUAGACAUUGUAGACGUGAACGACAACGCGCCAACCAUUUCCCUCCUGCCUAUCUUGAACACGAUACCCGAAGACGAGGUCCCGAGCACAGUUGUAGCCGUGAUCAACAUCCGUGACAGAGACUCGGGGGAUAACGGAGAAGUGAGCUGCAACAUCGACGGCGAAUUGCCUUUCAAACUAGAACCGUCAUCCGAGAAGAUGUACAAACUAAUAAUAGCCAGUGCCUUGGACAGAGAAAAGGUCUCCGCUUACAAUGUAACAAUCACUGCCAGGGACCGGGGCAGUCCGGCGCUGUCGAGCCGCACGGCGCUGGUGCUGGAGGUGUCGGACGUGAACGACAACGCGCCGGUGUUCGAGGAGGCUGCCUACAGCGCCUACGUGGCGGAGAACAACGCGGCGGGCGCGCCGGUGCUGCGC